AUGUCGGACGCAAAAGAAGAACCGCCUCCACCAGUUAAGCGUUAUAGGCGUGAGGAAAAAUCAUCUGAAUCAGAGGAGGACUUAGAUAGUUAUGAACCUUAUGUUCCUGUUAAAGAACGUAAAAAACAGCAAUUACUAAAGCUUGGUAGGCUUGGACAACUUACUGCAGAGGCUACCGCAGAGACUAAAAGCUCCAGUGAUAAUGAUCCUGACGAUGAAACUUCACAAGAAGAAUGGGGUCGCCGCUACAAUGUGUCACUAUUGGACCAGCAUUCUGAAUUGAAGAGGAUAGCUGAGGCACGAGCAUUGUCUGCAGCUGAAAGGCAGGCACGAGAAGAAGAACAUAUACUAGAGAGUGUGGCACAAAGCAAAGCUUUGAUGGGUGUUGCUGAAUUGGCCAAAGGUAUUCAAUACGAAGAUCCAAUAAAAACGUCCUGGCGACCACCGCGCUGCAUCCUGGAGCAGCCAGAGGAACGCCACGAAAGAGUCAGAAGAGAACUAAGGAUACUGGUGGAAGGAGAUGAUGUACCGCCUCCAAUAAGAACGUUCCAACAUAUGAAAUUUCCGAAAGGCGUACUCCGUGGAUUGGAAGCCAAAGGCAUCAAGAAACCCACUCCUAUUCAGGUCCAGGGCAUACCCGCUGUGCUGAGCGGUCGGGACAUGAUCGGCAUAGCGUUCACUGGCUCCGGGAAGACCCUGGUGUUCACGCUACCCAUCAUUAUGAUGUGUUUGGAGCAGGAGUGUAAGAUGCCUUUUAUCAAGAAUGAAGGUCCCUACGGAUUAAUAAUCUGCCCAUCCCGCGAGUUGGCAAAACAGACAUAUGAUAUCAUACUACAUUUUGUGAAGCACUUGAAGAUGUGUGGCAACCCUGAGAUACGCAGUUGUUUAGCCAUAGGAGGUGUGGCAGUAUCUGAGUGCAUGGAGGUCGUGCAGCGAGGAGUUCAUAUCAUGGUGGCCACUCCUGGACGGCUUAUGGACAUGCUGGACAAGAAAAUGGUUCGUUUGAACGUUUGCCGCUACUUAUGCAUGGACGAAGCUGACCGUAUGAUAGACAUGGGCUUCGAAGAAGAUGUCAGAACCAUCUUCUCCUACUUCGCUGGACAGAGGCAGACUCUACUCUUCAGCGCUACAAUGCCUAAGAAAAUUCAAAACUUCGCCAGGUCAGCCCUUGUAAAACCGGUGACUGUAAACGUGGGUCGAGCUGGAGCCGCAUCACUGAACGUUCGCCAGGAAUUGGAGCCGGUGAAGGCUGAAGCAAGGACGGUACACUUGCUGCACUGUCUCCAGAAAACACCACCCCCAGUGCUGGUGUUUGCUGAGAGGAAGCAGGAUGUCGAUGCCAUACACGAAUACCUGUUACUUAAAGGUGUGGAGGCAGUGGCUAUCCACGGUGGUAAAGAUCAAGAGGAGAGAUCAAGGGCUGUGGAAGCGUUCAGAAGAGGAGAGAAAGAUGUUCUAGUGGCCACCGACGUUGCUAGCAAAGGUCUGGACUUCGCCAACAUCCAGCACGUGAUAAACUACGACAUGCCAGAAGACAUAGAGAACUACGUCCACCGUAUCGGUCGUACCGGCCGUGCCGGGGGAGAAGGUGUCGCCACCACCCUCCUUGGACGGGCCGCUGACGACAGCGUGCUCAGGGACCUGGCGCAUUUGUUGACUGAAGCUGGGCAGAAGGUACCGUCUUUCCUGCUGGACAUGAUCGGAGAGCCAGACAUUCCCGUGCCUGACGGUCAAGGAUGUUCCUACUGCGGUGGUCUUGGACACAGGAUUACAGAAUGUCCGAAGCUGGAGGCUGUACAGAACAAACAAGCGUCAAACAUCGGCAGAAGAGAUUAUCUGGCUAACACAGCUGCUGAUUACUAA